AUGGCAGAUAAUAUUCGAUCGGUUCAAAUGACAAUAAUCAAUGAUAAAAUAUUUCAAUGUGCACAAUCAACUUGUUCACCAUUUAACAAUCUGACAACAUCAAAUAUCCUACUAUGUCAAAUCGAUUGUUUAAAUCAAAAUCAAUGUAUGGCAGCUACUUUUUAUAAAUCAAAUUCUCAAUGUCAAUUAUUUAAUGAUUCACUAAAUGAAAACGGGAAUAUGUCAGAUGAAAUGAAUGCUAUAACAAUGAUUACAAUUAUUGCAACACGAUACCCGCCCGAUCUAACGUUGAUUCCAAUAUCAUCAACAACAAUGCCAGUAUCAACAACAGGACCACCACGCGGUAAGUAA